GGUUCCACGGGGAGAAAAGCCAAGAGAGGGUCGCUCUCCUGACUGCCAUGGAGCGAAAGGUAGCCAGAGAAUUCCGGCACAAGGUUGACUUGUUAAUUGAUAAUGAAGCAGAAAAAGACUAUCUCUAUGAUGUGUUACGGAUGUACCACCAAUCAAUGAAUCUUCCCGUGUUGGUGGGCGAUUUGAAAUAUGUAAUCAAUGAACCUAGUCGUCUGCCUUUGUUUGAGGCCAUCCGUCCUCUUAUCCCAUUAAAACAUCAAGUAGAAUAUGAUCAACUGACACCUAAGCGAUCUAGAAAACUGAAAGAAGUGAGGCUGGAUCGUCUGCAUCCUGAAGGUCUUGGAAUAAGUGUGAGAGGAGGUGUUGAAUUUGCCUGUGGUCUUUUUAUUUCUCAGUUAGUGAAAGGUGGACAAGCAGACAAUGUUGGUCUUCAGGUUGGAGAUGAGAUAGUUCGAAUAAAUGGAUACUCUAUUUCUUCAUGCACUCAUGAAGAAGUGAUUAAUCUUAUUCGCACAAAGAAAAUUGUGUCCAUCAAAGUGAGAUAUGUUGGCAUGAUACCUGUUAAAAGUUCUCCUGAUGAGCCUCUGAAGUGGCAGUUUGUAGACCAGUUUGUAUCAAAUCCUGGGGAAGGCAAAAGCAGUGUUGCAGGACUUGCAUCAUCUGGAGGAAAAAACCAUAAAGAGAAGAAGGUUUUCAUUAGUUUGAUUGGUACAAAGGGCAUGGGAUGUAGUAUUUCCAGUGGCCCUACACAAAAACCAGGCAUUUUCAUAAGUAAUGUUAAACCACAUUCUCUAUCUGCAGAAGUAGGAUUAGAGAUUGGUGAUCAGAUUGUUGAAGUAAAUGGAAUGGAUUUUUCAAAUGUGGAUCACAAAGAGGCAGUGAAGGUGUUAAAAAGUAGUCAGACUCUGACUAUCACUGUUGUAACAGGAGCUGGAAGAGAGUUGUUUAUGACUGAAGAAGAGAAGCAACGGGAAGAGUACCAUCAUGAGAUGGAACGCCAAGAGCUGAUGCGUCAGAAGAGGCUUGCACUGGAGACCAAUAAAAUUGUAAAAGAACAGCAAGAAAAAGAGAGAUUACGGAAACUAGAGAUUGCACAGAAGGCUGCUGAGGAAGAAGAGAGAUACCGUAAAGAAAUUGAACAGAUAACUGCAGAGGAAGAGAAAUUUAAAAAGCAAUGGGAAGAAGACUGGCUCCACAAAGAGCCACCAAAACCCCCCAAAACUGUAGUUGCAGAAGUACAUCCUCCUCCUCCUCCUCCCAAACAUCGACAUUUUGGAUGGUUUUAUCGUUACGAAGGAAAAUUUCCCACAAUUCGUAAGAAAGGGAAAGAUAGAAAGAAAUCCAAAAGUGACAGUUUCAGUGAACAGAAGAAGAGUAAAAUGGAGAUGGAAUUUGAGCAAAAACUUGCGAAGGAAAAAGAAGAGAAGCUGGAAAGAGAAAAACAAUUGAAAAUCAACCGUCUUGUUCAAGAGGUAUCUGAGACUGAGCGAGAAGAUUUAGAGGAAUCAGAAAAAACUCAACACUGGGUGGAAAAGCUUUGUCAAACACGAUUGGAACAAAUAUCCUCAGUGGAGAAUGAGUCUCCUGAGACACCAGGUGUACGUCCUCCUGUUUCUCCAUCUGGCACAUCCAUGCGGAAGUUUGCUGGUGGUUUGCAGCUUCACACCACUGACCUUGAUGAUAUCAAUUUAGAUGAUCUUGGGAAGUCUACAAAACGCCCAGCACCACCACCUCCAUUGCCCCAUACAGUUCCAGUAACCUCGGUGCCUUAUCCACUUCCUCCACAAAAUUUCCCGACUGCUAGGGGGCAGGUUCCAGUACCCUCUGCAACUGCAUGGAUACCACCACCUCCAUCCUCUGCUUGGGUGCAUACACCGGCUCCUCUGCCGCCACCAUCUCCCCCUCUUCCUUCCCCUCAGACUGCUGGCACGCUCCAUAUGCUACCCAAUCAUUUGGAUGAAAAAAUGGGUAAUCCCAACUAUCAGACUGGUCGGUCAGCAGAUUCACAGAACCACUGGGAAAUGAAAAACUAUAAAGAAAGGAGCUUUAGUCCUGUCAGUUCUCAGACCAGUGAACAAACCUACUUAUCCAGUCCAAAGGUUUCACGGAAUACAUCUCACCUCAGCAAAAUAUCAUCCACAUCAGGCAAUACAUUGCAAUUUUGUCCAAGCCCACCUACUCAGCGUCACCCAGCUGUACCAGUAGUCUCCAAACCAGUCAUGCUGCAUCCUGACCACAAUAUCAUGGUCAGACCAUCAAUCAAAACAGAAGCCCUGGGCUUCCAGAAGUAUGUGGAAAACUUUGAUCCCUACACAAUGUUUUCACCUGAUCAGAUUAUGGGGAAAGAUGUGCGCCUUCUGCAUAUUAAGAAGGAAGGGUCAUUAGAUCUUGCUGUUGAAGGAGGCAUCAAUUCUCCAAUUGGAAAAAUAGUGGUGUCUGCUAUUUACGAAGGGGGUGCUGCAGACAAACAUGGAGGAAUUGUAAAAGGGGAUGAAAUAAUGGCUGUGAAUGGCAAGAUUUUAUUGGAUGUCACGGGGGAAGAAGCUCAAGCAACUAUUGCCAAAGCCUGGAAUAUGGGUGGGGACUGGAUUGACUUGGUCAUUGCAGUAUCUCCUCCCAAAGAAUAUGAUGAUGAAAUGACAUUUUUUUAAUAACAUGGGAGAAACCAAAUGUAUUCAUUUUGAAGAAAACUACAAAUAUAUAGGUAUCGAACCACUUUUGUAAAAUCAUAAAUGUCUUUCAAUAGAUGAAAAUCUGAUUCUACAAAUUAUUCACUGGAUACCUCGAAUUUGAACUUGACAUGUCAUUCAUUUUCUCCCAUAAGCCAUGCUUAAUGUUUAGCUGUAACUGCCAGUAAGUGAAGAACUGAUUAUAAAUAAUAAGAAUAAGGAGCCAAUUUUGAAUCAGUCUUAAGUGUACUGCAUGUGAAAUGGUUUAAAAAUUAUCAUUGCAAAGGAGAUUUCUGUUCUUUCUCAUAGGCAGAUUUUUUAUUACAGAUUCAGAAACAGUUUAGCCAAGGAUUGGUAGAAAUAUACACUAUGCUAUGCUGUGCUUUUUACCUACAUAAGGCAGUUUAGUACAGACCUUAUAAUAAAAUAGGAUCACAUUUUGAAAUUUAUUCUGUCUGCCUUUAACACAUUGAACAGCCUUUGUAGAAGCUUGGACAUGAAUCCAUAAAUCAACCCUAUGUGUAGUCAACAGACUUACACAUGGGAUUCAACACAACAGUAACAGUAGGUUGGAUCUGGUGCUGUGCAGGUGCAAGGAUCACAGGUCUCCUCCUUGUUCCUCCCACCCCCCCUCCUCCUGCAGCAGUCCUUUCCAAGUGUAAGAAAAAGUUGUGGGACCCACAUGUGACUAAUACCCAUAGGUCAGGAAGAUAUAUUGAGGAGAAAGAAAGGGACAAAAUCACCUCCUCCUCCCUCUUCUAUUAGCAGAGCUGCACUGUCAGAAAAGGGUGAUCCAACUUCUUGAAUCCAAAAGGGUGAUUCAAUGAGAAUCUUCUAUACAGAUGGUUAGGAAUAAACUUUCCCAGAGUGAGAAAGGACUGUAGGGGAGGGGAACGUGGAAAAGAUCUGCAACUGUCAGCACCUUCCACUGAUUAAUCACUGGAUCCAAACCAGUAGUUUGAAUCCAAUAGUGGCAUGAGUCGGAGUUCACAUAAAAGGAUCUUCCCCAUCUCCCCUUCUCCACAUACUCUGAAAACUAUCUGCUGAGGUUGUAAAACACUUGUGGACCAUAUGCCAUGAGGAACUGGAGGAUAGUAAGAUGAGGAACCUAGAAAAAAAAAUCCCCUUCCCUCACACAGUCUUCCUCUUUCCACCCUGGAGCCUAUAGAAUCCAUUCCAGUGAAAGUUUCCCAGGAAUUCCUGUCCAGCAAGUGAUAUUUAAAUUCUUCAUAGAAUCCACAUAUCUCAACCUUCUUUACUGAGAAGUAAAUUUUACCUAGUAAGUAACUAGCCUUACUGCAGUCUCUCAGAUCAGUCCAGGAAAACCCCAACACUUGAAUUCAGACCAAGUCACAGCUUCUGCUACUAUUAUCUAUGUAUCAUAUUGCAGUGGCAUUGUGGUGAACACAUUAUAUCACCCUUAUCAAGAGGGCUUACAAUCUAUGUU